UUUAACUGUCAAAAUUGAAAAUUUCAACACGCCAUUGUGCGUGAUAAAAAUAAACACGUUUUCGCUAAAAAGAAAUACUAAUCGCAAACAAAGAGACUGCUAAUAUUUUCCGUCAUUACUGUCCCAUGAUGGGUCUACCCGACCGAGGAAUACCCGAGGACAAGCUCCCGCAGUGUUGGUACGACGAUGUCCGAAUGAACGCACUCUUCGCCCCGUUUCGUUUAAAAACCACCAACCCUGAGUCCUGGGACAUGAAGAUGAAGUUCUGGUCUGAUAUGCUCAGGCAGUGGUGUAAGCACAGAAAGGACCCUAUAGUGUCUCCUGCAGACGCAAGAGCAGCGUUCCAAAGAAAAGGACGCACUCCGGCCUGUCUUGAUAUUGUUAUCGAAGAAAUGUUUCGAAGCGGAGAGCUUUGUCCAAUCUCAAAAUAUCAACGAAUUCUUCACAACGGGACUGAGGGCUGGGUACGUUGGACAGCUCGACUUGCUCUCAAACCUGCUGCACUCGCUCUCACAGCUGUCUCUUCAUUUCUACCUGCACGACAAACUCUGGACAAUGAUGGCUUGCCUAAAGCUAGUAUAGAAUGCACACAGAGGUUCCUACUUGAAGGAUCGGUCAAGGAGCUAGCAACAGAACUACUUCACACAAACGUACCUGAAAUAGACCGAAUCGGUACUAUAGAAGAAUUAAUGAAGAACUUUGAGUAUCAAGGUGGCAGAGAAGUCUUCGAAGUGCUGCUCGGUUGGCUGGUAGCUCAGGGCUAUGCAGUAAAAAAAGAUGAAGUUAUUAAACUGGCUGAACCAGAUAAGAAAGCCACCCCCGUGACAGAGUCAGAUGAAGCGCUUGUGAAGCUAGUCACAGCUGAGAGGCACUUGCACGGAGACUCCACAAGACUGUCCCGAGAACUAGCAACUAUUGAGAAUGAUGCUCGAGCUGCACUUCAGCUAGGUAAUAGGAUUGCGGCCAAGAAUCAUCUGAGACGUAAGCACAAAGUGCAACGGAAACUGGAACAGUGCACGAAAGCUCUGGAAAACGUACAGAACUUACUACAACAGAUGAGGGAUGUACAUUUCAAUGCAUCAAUUGUCGAUACUUACAAGACAACAUCAGAAGCUAUGAAGCGAGGAUUAAAAGACAACGGUCUUGAGGUGGAUACAGUUCACGACACGAUGGACGAUCUGAAAGAGGUAAUGGAUUCAUAUAGCGAAAUGGAGAGAGCACUUGGUACAACAAUAGACGACACCGACACAGCUGAGCUUGAAAGAGAAUUGAAGGAACUGCUGUCGGGACCGUCGGCGCCUGGUGGCGGAACUCCCGGGAAGGAGGGGGAGGUUGGAGCAACGCAGAAGCCGGUCAGAAAGACAUCGGAACGAGAAUUCAUCUUUGAUGGUGAAGAGAGAAUGCUGGCAGAACUGAAUGACCUGGGUAUAGAGGAGGCAAGUCCCAGUGGAAAGGCAGAGAAGGAUAAAGAGAACAGAGUCAGGAGAAAGAUUGCAGUACCCGAUGGAGACUGGGAGGAGAAAGAUAAGGAACCCGCAGACGAUUUGGAUAAUGCGAAGCAAUCGAAGCCCUGGUACCCGCGCUUUGAGGAGUGCCUUAAAACGGACGCGGCAUGGCGGGACGCGGACGCCGCGCACGAGAUACGAACCGACGAUAGACUUCAUCCGGGUCAGAAGCUGGAUGUGGAUUACACGAAGCCCCCUCGGCUGUACAACUCUGACUUCGCCGUGAAGGACCACCGACUGGAGGCCGGGGUGUGGCUCUACAACAGGCGAGACGCCGACGACUUCGCCUGCAGCACGGAGUUCUUUAGUUCCGAGAGUCCCGGGAAAGCUCCGGUCGGUGGCUUCCAAAUGGCACCCGGGGGCGAGAGGAAGAAGUCACAGCUCUCGCCUGACGAGGAGACCCCGGACGAGGAAUUGGAACGAAGAUUGAAGAAUCUAAGGGGCUUUAACUAGUAAACGUAUGUAGUCAAACGUUAGAACGAAUGUUGCCAUAGAAAAAAAAAAAAUUUUUUUUUAAAUCAAUUUCUAAUUAUAUAUCGAGGGGUGAAAGGUUGUUUGGUUCAAGCGAUAUUUUUGCAAUAUUACAGUAGAGCCAUUUAAGGGCCUGUGCACACCACGCCUUUUAACACAACACACCGCGCUUUUAAUCUACAGAGCGAUUUGUUGUCAUCUGUAUCGAUACAAACGCGAUACUGACGCGCGUCUGUAUCGAUAAAAACGCGCGUCGACGCUGCGUUUAAAAAACCGCGGUGUGCACACGUCCUAAAGUUUGAAAUUUACAAAAAUUAUUAUAACAAAAAAAAUCUAUUCUUCAACUAUUCGAAUAUAGUAAACUUAUUUGAAGUUCAAUUAAAGACCAAAUAAAACUGACCUUUAAUUACAAAGAUAAAUGUCGCUUAUGACUUUUCACUCCUCGAUACAUUGGAAUUAUAGGGGAUACCUUUUUAAGUGACAAAAUAAAAACACACCUUAGGCGUAGUUGUAAUAAGGUCUAGUUUCCUUUUUUUAUUAGUCUUAUUUCAUGAAGCCUUCCCAAAGGACUUUUACAUACAUAUUGAAAUCCUUUUUAUCAAUGUGUAAACUUAGGCCAACCAGACGAGAUAAUAAACGUAAGCAAGCGGACCGUUACUGAGUUACAUUGCGAUGGCGAGGGAUUAUUAUCUCUGUCCUUAUCACUCGUACGCGCAGUUAUGGCGUCAGUUGGUCGACAACAGCUGCCGUUGUGUGUUUCGUGGUACAGGAAAGCACUGAGUACCGCAGCUGUCAACAUUUGGUCCGCCAUUUUGUGAACAAGUUCAUUCCUGUUUGGAUCGCGUUCGAAGUGAUACAUGAGUCGUCUAUUAUCAAAGGUGGCAAUCUGUGCUUUUGGACAAAAAAAAUUUAUUGAUAUGUCAAUACAGAUUUAUUUGAAUAUAAUCGUCUCCUUCAAAGAAUACGGUUCAAAACCUGCAUUAAAUAAAAGGUUAAUACUUAACCUUUUAUUUAUCUAAGAUGUCGUUCAGAAGAGUUUUGUGACUGCCAAUGGAAUACAAAGUCAAUAAUUCGUUUUUCUGAUUUACCAGUAAUUGUCCAAAAGUCACAUUGCCGGCUUUGAUAAUUAAUAGUCGACUCACAUAUAUACUUUUAUAGCAAUAUUGACAACAUGAUUGAUAAUACAAUAGAUAGUUUUAUCAUAAACACAACUGACUCGGACUCUUCCGACGAAUCAUCUUUGUCUAGUACAGAUGACGGCGAUUAAAAUUCGAACUUUGUAAUAAUUUAUAUUUAAAUAAAAAUGUUUUUUACUCCUCUGAAACUUUGUUUACAUUUUUUAUCUCGUCUGGUUGGCCUUACUUUAGUAUGUACCGAUAUAGCGAUCAGCUUUGCGAACAAAGAAUUCUUUAGUUGUGAAUAUAGGAAUUGGGUCGUUGUUUUUUUUUAUUUAUUUAAUCCGCGAAUAGUGAAAGCACAAAUAAGGAGCUUUUGCUAUACAUUAAAUAAAUUGACGUAAGUGAUUUUUAUGAUUAAAAUAAAAUGCUGUGUUAUUCACUUCUUAAUUGAAAAUAAGUUAAAUUUAGGUUAGUAUAAAUAAUAUUAAUAAAUAAAUAAAAAUGUGUACUACACGUCGACUGGUGGUCAAAUUUGUAUGGAGUUGGAAUGUUUGCCGCUAGGGACUUUGUUCCAACUCCAUACAAAUUGAGUUAACUUUUACGCUAUCGAGAAUGUUAAAAAACUCGGACUAAGCAAACCGAACGAGUCGUGACGUCCCUAUAUCGAGGGGUGAAAGACUGUUUGGUUUUAGUGACAUUUUUGCAACUUUAUAUUAGAGAUUCUAUUUUUUCCUACCUAUGCUGAUAGCCUUGAGAGGCUAUUUCAGCUUCGCCCUAACGUGUAGGUGAGCUCACGGGGCUCAAACCGGAGUGUUGCUAACACUGACCCUAGCAAGAGCAGUGCUUCGCAGAAUCUACCACCGGAUCGGAAACGCGACCCACUGAGAAGAUCCGGCGAGAAACUCAGUGGCCUGUGUCUGUGGGUUAAUUCGAUGACCGGUGCUUGAGGUACCUAAAAGCACCGUUAGUGGAUCGGAAGGGUCCGUAAUGACGUGGUGCUAAGACGUUGCCACGCGUUCGACAUAACGGUAGAGAUCACGAUAGAGCGAGACAUAAUAAAUCAAUAAACUUCACUUUAAUAAAAAAGUCCACCAGUGCUGCAAUCAUUUUUAUAGCAGCCGUAUAGAUAUUAUUUAGCCGUAUUUCGGUUUGAAAGGUGGGGCAGCCGUUGUAACUAUACUGAGACCUUAGAACUUAUGUCUCAAGGUGGGUGGCGCAUUUGCGUUGUAGAUGUCUAUGGGCUCCAGUAACCACUUAACACCAGGUGGGCUGUGAGCUCGUCCACCCAUCUAAGCAAUAGAAAAACAAAAAAUACAUGAUUCUACUGUGAAAUCAAAACAUUGGUUAGACGUAUUUAUUGAGACCGUAGAAUUAGCUCGCAUUGACUAUAUCGGUCACGAAGCAGUCAGAGCUUUCUUUUAUUUGUAACAUCAAUCAAACAAGAGCGCAUCGUAGUAAAGUUGUAGUUAUAAUACUAGCUGUACCCGUCCGCUUCGCUGGGCAUUUAAAAUUAACAUUAUUAUUUCUCUCCCCCACAAAGAUUCUCAGUAUUAACGCCCCCGCAACUGGUGUAGGAAGUCCAACACUCAUAUAAAUAUUAGCCUAUCCAUUAAGUACAUGUAUUUUCUACAUGGAUACCAAGUUUCAAGUCAAUCGGAUGCACGGUUCAGUAGUUAUAACGGAACAUCCGUAAAAACCACUGUAGAUUUAUAUGUUAGUAUAGAUGUAUGUAAAGAAAAACCUUUAGUAUUGAAAACCUUUAAAACUUUCUUUAGUUUAAAAAAAAGAAAGAUUUUUCUUAGGCAGAUUCACAGACCUAUCUGCCAUCGAGACAAAAAGAAGAGUUUUGUUGUAACAAAAUUCAAUAAUACUGUUUAAAAAAAAAAAAUUAAAAAAAAGAGAUGAAAUGGCUUUAAAUGCUUUUUUAUAAUAUGGUUUUAAAUACUAAAGGUUUUUCUUUUUUACAUUUAUUUUAAGUGAGUAGUUUCUUUAAGAAAAAUUUAAAAAAAUAAAAUAAAAAAAAGAUCAUAAAUAUACUUAUAUAUGAGGUCGUCAGCGCAAUAGUGACCUACGCUUACCAUAGUUAUUAUGGAGCAAACAAUGUUUUAAGUUUUCAUGCAUUUGAAUUUGAGUAGGAGGCAAAAAAACAAUACCCGCAAAAAUAAUGUUUACAACGCCAUCUGUGUUUACUAUGGGUGAAACUAUGGAUAGGCCGGUUUUGCAUUAAAAAAUUUUAUAUCUUAAAUAAGUUGCAAUAUACAUAAUUAUAAGCAUGAUUAUGAAAAAUUGUGGGCUAGGCUACUUUUGCGCUGACGGCCUUAUAUAUUAACAACUAUUUUUCAUUAAGUAUAGAUAGUAAUAGUAUUUUAUGUAUUAAUAAGAAUAUAAAAAAAAAUAAGACUUGACCUAAAGGUCUUAGUUACCAGACCAUAAAGUCCCUUUAAAAAAAACUAUUAAUUAUUAUGAUAGCGGCUGAUAUGGAGAGUAGAAUUGUAGAGUACCAUCUAGUAACACUAAAUAGUGGCGGCGCCACGGAAACAAGUGGAAGGAUUUUUAAAAAAACAGUGUCAUAAAGUACCAUACUUCACUCUGUUCAAAACUGCUAUAUUCCUAUCAUUUCCACUUCCUACACUAGCGCUGUUUCGGUGAGUCUUCCGACAAUAACUCGCCAUUUACAGGCGACCGCUUUUUCGACUUGUCCCCUAUGCAAGAUGGCGCCUCUUACUUCUACCCUCCAUGGUUAUCAGUAGAAGACGUGAUAAUUCUUAGUAUGGCCGUAGUUACCAUGUGAGCUUAUUGUUGGUAGAACGUCUUGUGAGUCCGCACGGGUAGGUACCACCGCCCCGCCUAUUUCUGCCGUGAAGCAGUAAUGCUUUUCGGUUUGAAGGGGAGGGGCAGCCGUUGUAACUAUACUUGAGACCUUAGAACUUAUAUCUCAAGGUGGGUGGCGCAUUUACGUUGUAGAUGUCUUAUGGGCUUCAGUAACCACUUAACACCGGGUGGGCUGUGAGCUCGUCCACCCAUCUAAGCAAUAAAAAAAAGCGCACGUCGCCGGAUGGUAAGGUUAGGUGAAUGGUUACCAUCGUUCAAGGUCGAUCGAUGUUACCAGUGGCGGGUGGUGCGAUGGUAACCUUUAUAUGACGACAUGACUGUACGUAAUAACAGGAUUGACUGAAGUAUCAUUAGACCGAGAGGCUGAAGCCAUUUUAUCAUUGGAAAAACAAACAAAAAAAGUUUUUUUAAGUCAUAUUUCUUUGUAUAAUGCACCGUUAUAAUAAUAAUACUCGAUAGUGAAAAAUUGAAUUUGUAAUAAAAAUAACAUUUAGGGUGUCGACUCUUAGACUAUAUAGGUUUUUAUAAUAGUUGAAAUCUUCAAAAAAAUAUUAGCAUGUAAACGUUUGAAUAUAUCUAUAGUAUACUCGGAGCAGUUAUAACCUAAAAUGUUGCCAUUGAAAAAAUGUAAUCAUAGAUGUAUACAACUUUAUGGUAUUUGUAUGUCUAUGGUUUUUUAGCUAUAUUUUUUUAUAUUCGACUAUAUACGAUAAUAACUUACUUGUAAAUAUUAAUUAUAAAGAUGUACCUGCUAAUUUUAGGAUUAUAUAAUUAAUGUGAAUAAUUUAAUGAAAUGAACAAAAAUGUAAAAAAAAAAUGUGUUUGUAAAUAUAUGUAAGUGCCUUAAUUUUUUUUGUUUUAAAUGUAAUUUUCAAUUUUUAAUCUAUGAUCAACUAGGUAAACAAACGGUGAUAACUCCAAAUUUAAAAAUGUUCAAAAUGAAUUAAUAUUCCUUUUUUUUUUAAUGUGAUAUGUGACGGAUUUUAUGUUCAUACAGCCACCACUAGCAGUGUGUACCAACAAACAGCCAAAUAGUCAUUAUCCAUGUUGAGAAACCGAUGAAUUGUUUGAAAUAUCUCAAUCCAAAUUGAAAUCCGGUCUUAUUCAUAAUUAAAAGCUUAUUAAAAUUAUUAAUGCUAAUUGAAUUUAUUGUUGUGUUAAUGAACUCAUUAAAUCGAUCGAUUGAUUAUAACGAAACAAAAAGCGUUUUUUGACAGUCUUAUAUAAUGGGCUAAUAAAGCUCUGAUUGCUGAUUAUGAAUAAGACCGUCCCAACGUUGUUUAAUAGGUACAUCGGGAUGUGAAAGGUUAUUUGGUUUAAGUGAUAUUUUUAUAGGAGAGCUAUUUAAAAUUUAAAUUUUGGGAAAAAAAUAUCAUAAAAAAAACUUCUUCGCCUAUUGUGUAUGGGAUAAACUUAAUUGAAGUUCAAUUGAAUAUGUUUAUUGACUGACUGAAUAUGUAUUAUGUUUAUUUAAUAUCUUUUUGUAAAUAUAGUCAGCGGUAAGAAGGUCACGGUAUCCGUAGAUCGCAUCAAGCCGGCCUACAUACUGCAUGACUCAGACACCACACACUUACACAGCCCACACAUACACCACACACACAUACACCACACACACAUACACCACACACACAUACCAACCACACACACUUACGUACUCCAUACACAGACGAUCGGGUGCUACCAGAAGCCGAAGAACAUACUCGUCGAACUAGAUCAGGGCGUAGGGUCAGAUUUCCGGACCAUUGUCGCCCGUAACCCGGCCUCUGGAGGGGGGUGAUGUAGUGUAACUAUGUUGUUACAAAACAUAUGCAAUUUUGAAAAGGGUACAUGUCGCAUAUUUUGUCAAAUACGUUUUUUUCAUAUACAUGUAGUUUUGAGGCUCACCUACUACACCCGUUUUAUAAUAAUUCCAGUAAUUUUCAAUUGCUAAUUAACACUAAAAUAUAUCUCGAAAGUUGAUAUUUUAAAUUUUACACUGCUUUAGAAAUAAAUCAGUUUUUUUCGUUUCCUGAACAUUUUAAAUUUUCAGAGAUGUGCCCUUUUCGAAAUUGCAUAUAUCUAUAUAUUAAUACGUGAAGCAAAAACUUUGUAUCCCUUUUUACGAAAAUUGCGCCCGGACGGAGGAGUAUAAAAUUUUCCACACUUCUAGAUAAUAUAUAGAGAAGAAGAGCACAAUGCUAAUAUUUUUUUUAAAUAAUGCAUAAAAGAUACAUUAAAUCAAUAAAGAAAACAUUACACACACUACAUACCAUGUAUUUGACAAACUUUUGUUCUUGACGUCUGUGGUCAAAUUGAGAAUAGAUCAAAUAUUGUUUGUCUUUAUUAAUAUUUUCUAUAGUGUAGUCUCGGCGAAAUUUGUGAUUAUAAAAGUAUAAAAUACAAUCAUAAUAGUGUACAAACUUACAAUUCCAAUUAAUUAUAGUCGAAUUUCGACUACUGCGGGACCUCUAGUUCAAAUUAAAAACGCCGCAUUGUUGAUGCUGAUACCAAAUGAAACGGACCCUUAAUUUCAAAGAUAAAUGUCGCGUAUUAGACGUUACAAAGAUAAAUGUCGCGUAUUAGACGUUAUACCGCUUAAACCAUUUUGCCUUUCGCUCCACGAUAUACUUAGUCUGGCCAUAAAUACUGUUACAAAGGAAAACAAAAAAAAGUCUUAAGUCAUCUUUUAAAAUACGCGACAUGGUUCUAGGUGCUAUCUUCAUCUCCCGAUAUAAAAUAUUUUGUUUUCGGACAGGAUUUCUUCGAAUUCUUUCCCUUACUGCUUUGACCACCGUUUUCGUACGAAAACUACGUGGACGGCCAGAUCUUUUUCUGUCACAAACAGAGGAGGUCUCAUUGCACCUAUUAAUAGCCCGGUACACAAACAUUUUACUAAUACCAAGCGUAUGGAGAGUUUUAAAAAUUGCAUUUGGCUCCAUACCUACUUUGUGUAAUGCAAUCACAGCGGUUCGGUUCUCUUUAUCACCCCACUCCAUUUUAAUAUCGCAAAAUAUUGUACAAUGUAUUGGCGUCAAAAUGAGAAAACUCAAUGAGCAAUCAUAUAAAAAUGACAAAUAGCCCGGUACACAAACAUUUUACUAAUACCAAGCGUAUGGAAAGUUUUAAAAAUUGCAUUUGGCUCCAUGCCUACUUUGUGUAAUGCAAUCACAGCGAUUCGGUUCUCUUUAUCACCCCACUCCAUUUUAAUAUCGCAAAAUAUUGUACAAUGUAUUGGCGCCAAAAUGAGAAAACUCAAUGAGCAAUCAUAUAAAAGUGACAGAUUCCAAAUUCAAAUGUAAUAUUUUGUUUAUUUUUAAUUGUAACAGUAUUUAUGGCCAGAUUAAGUAUCACAUGUAUGCGUGAAUAGAAAAAAGUUCUCGAAAUGAAACAAAGCUAUAGUAAACGGUAAUAUGAUUAAUUAAAUAAUUUAGAAUAAAAAUUAUCGAUCGUGUAAUUUUUUGUGAGCCAGCAAUGUACAGUGUAGGUAGACGGCGAGCGAUUGAGGUCAUUGAUCCUACGCGUCAUUUGAUUUUUAAUUGUGUUUCAUUGCGUGUUUCAGAGAACGGUAUUUUUCGGUUAUGAUUAUUUUAAUGUGUCAGGAAGCAUCAGUUCUGCUGUAUGUCUCCAAUGUCCUAGUUGUAAAAUGGCUCCAAAAUACUAUGCUCUAUACAGAUGUAUGUUUUAUAGCAAGAUUGUUUUUCUAUAUAAUAGGUUGGGGAGAAAGUUUUUUCGCAUUUUUUAAGAAAAUUCACAACAUUUUUUUAAUAUAGUUUAUUUACGAACUAAAGUAUGUAGGUACCAUUUUGUUCGAUAACUUUUUGCCAUCUUGUAGAUAGGGAUAUGAUCCCAUUGCUAUAGAAAUUUUGGGGCUUCUGAUCAAAAUACCGCAACAAUUAGUUUUGGCAUGAAAAACAAAUAAAAAUCAGACAUUCUCCUAAUUUGAAUUUGGAAUUAUCUUCUUUAAAAUUGAAACUUUUAAUGAUACCAAAACCAGCCAGUUACAAAUAAUAUAGCCAAAGAAAUUUUAUUACAAGUUCAUACAUACAACGCUAAAAGACUUUUUACCCAACCUAUUAGGUAUUUGUUUCAAAGAUCACUAGGUACUUCGAGGAAAACAAUUUUGUCUUGAAAACGGUCAUGUAUAAUGAUAUAUAUAUAUAAUAACUAGCGACCCGCCCUCGCUUCGCUUCGGAAACAUUAAAUUCUAUUAUUGAUAGGCGAAGCCCGCCAUGUUGCGCGCGUUACGACAAUAACUGCGGGUGAAGCCGCGGGGCGAAGCUAUUCUAAAAAAAGUAGCCUAAGUUACUCCUUAAAUCAUCAGCUACCUAUUAGUGAGUCCAGCCGUUCUAUAGAUCAUCCGGAACAAACAGACAGACAAAAAUUGUAAAAAAUGUUAUUUUGGUGUAUAUGCAUGUAGUAAAAAGCGGUUAUUUCAAUACAACAAACAGACGCUCUAAUUUUAUUUCAAUGUAUAGAUAUACCGUUAAUUAUGUUAAUUAUAAUAAUGUCAGAUCUUAUCCGGAAUGCUUUUGAUAAAAUAUGUAUUUAAUCAUGUGAAUAAAAAUGUAUGAUGAUGAGAAAGUGGAAA